CUUUCCUUACUUGGUUAUUUAAAUACGUGUCGUAUAAAGGCCAUUUAAAAUGAACCCAAAACUUUAAGAACAAUGGGCCUAAUCAUUGAAUCCGCAGCGAAUUCGAUUUCGAUUCGAUAAGUAUUUUCGAUCGAAAAUUUUUAUGCAAUCAUUCAUUCCGUCGAUAAACUGCUUUACCACAAAAUAAAAAUGUCAAACUUCAUUGUCGACUGUAAGUUUGACAGGUUUGAAAAAUUAAAUUGUCUGGAAUUUUUAUUUCGUUUAUAUAAAUAUUUGAAAUGGAUACAAUCGCGUUUAAUUUAAGUGAUAGUGAUAGUGAAAAUGGAAAUUGUGUAAAAAUUCGUCGUGAGCGCAGAAAUUUAAGAAAUAGUUCAAAAGACAUAUUGGAAAUGGAUGAUUUUAAUUUCAUCAAAAAUUUUCGCGUCAACAAAAGAGCAUUUACAUAUAUUUUAAGGGAAUACGAAAAUGUAUGUGGAAAUGAUAAGAGACAAGGUUCUCUUUCCCCGAAAUUAAAGCUUGCUGCAUGUCUACGUUUCUUUGCCCCAGGCAACUAUCAGCAUUGCAUUGGAAAGGACUUCAAUAUAAAUGUGGCCCAAUCGACAUUCUGUGGAAUAUUGGAAGAAGUUCUUAACUGUCUUGAGUACAGGCUAUGUUCGAGGCGGAUUUCUAUUUACAUGACUGACAGCGAAGAAUUGGAAUCAAAAACCUUUUUUUUUGUCAAAUCAAAAUUUCCAGGCGUGACAAUGGCAGUUGAUGGAACUCACAUAAAGAUAAUGGCUCCAAAAAGAGAUAAACAUCUCUAUUAUAACCGCAAAGGAUUCUCAAGUCUGAACGUUAUGAUUGUGAGGCUUUUAUAAUUAUCUUUUAACUAAGUGUUUAUAUUCGC